AUGUUUCAGCUUGGUAAAUUGGCCCACUAUUCUUUCGAUUUGAUCUUGAUAUCAAUCAUUUUAGCUGGUAUUCAUCGUAACACAGGAUUGGUAUUUGAUAGUUCCCAUUUCUCAUCAGUUGAUUUCAGAAGAUGGUUCGGUAACUACUUAGCCUUUGGAGAAAAAUGUUAUGACUCCACUGUUUCAUUACUCAGAAUGUCUGGAUAUUUCAAACAGAAGAACUUAAUUUACGAUAUGGUAGACAGACACGCUAGUAAGUUCCUUAAAGAACAAACUGGAAGAGAUUUAGAUGACUUACAAAAGAAUCAAUAG